CAGGUCCCGGUAGACGGGCCAUGGUUCUUGUUGGAACAGUCCUUUGCAUACAUGAGAGCGGGACCUAAAUGGCGUUGGUAAGGUCUUAGUGUUCGCAUCAUAGCCUAAAAUUCAUCACGGAUUAAAUACAUGUACUGGGCCAUCUCUACACGUAGGGAUCCAACAAAAGUACAACCAAAAUUGUACCAGGGGUGCGGUACGUUCAUGUUUGACCUAUGGUAGCAAUUGCCUUCUCUUGGUCCUCCGGAUCUUCCUUCCUUCUAGGUUUGGCUGGGCGUCCUUCGAUUAAGAGAGUCUGUAGAAGAGCUUUCGAAGCACCUCGCAGAAAGCUGUCAGUCGAUUUGCCUCUCAUCGCCCUCUCUCCUAACACCUUUCGUCAACAAUAUACCUCAGUCAUUACGUUUCGCCAUUAUCAUUUUCGGCCCGUUGGAUCACUGACGCGCCAAACAAGCUGCACUUCCACUGCGCAACGAGCACUUACAGCCCAGUCUGAAGAACCUCUUUUAUGCCAACUAUCCACAGAACGUCUGGCACCCCCUGCGUUCAAUGCAGAUGACCCACCACCUCCAUACUCGAAAGUAGACACAGGACAAAUCAAGCAAAAGGGAUUCUUCACAAAAGUACGAAGAGCGAUGAAACUACUGUUUGGAGGUCUCAAAACGCUGUGUCUCGGCGCUUUACUCGUCGGUAUACUGGUCAAUUCCGAUCCAGUCAGGUUGUCGCCCAGUGAGCGGCCAUUCAAUCAUCCAGCGGAAGGAAAUCCAAUAGCAGACCCUCAAUCGGACAUACUGGCCUGAUAAUACAGACUCCCAGACUAGUACCGACCGACGAUUACCUCCGUUUCCACGAUAUCUGAAAAGAUAUGCCUUGACGAAGUGUCGCCGGUCCAGUCCUGCCACAGGCCGUCGAAGUUCUCGACAAUUACGAUUUGCCUGCUGACGGUUUCCUUCACAAACAGUUUUGUCCAUUGUGCUUCAGACCAGUGUUAAAAUCCUGGUUGCCAGAUGCCCAACACG